CGAGCGUGUGCAGAGGGACUCGGUGUGUUUUGUAGUAAUACUGGGGUCGAGAGCCACAUCUGUGACAGCUGCGGCAAAAGGGUAGGACGAGACGCGUCAUUUUUUUUUUUUUUCUAAUUGCAAAGGCAUUUUACCUUUUCUUUGUAUUUAUCUUUUUCUUCAAACUGCGUUUGUAGCUCUUGCAAGCUGCGGUAGCCCACACGAGACUUUGUAAAUUGCGUCCAUUAACACUAGAACAAGCGCGGUGGACGAUGUGAGCAAUUGAAAGGAGCUGUUUUCUCCUUUUUCUCUUCUCUGCAAAACAACUGGACGCAUUUAGUUGCCUAAAUUGAUGAAGAACCAUUUUUUUAAGUGAAAUAUUUAGUGAUUUAUGUCGCGGGUAGGCUGGCAGUGGAAUUUGCAAACGCUUUUUAAGGUAUUGCCUUUUCUCUUUGCAGUAGUUUUGUUUGUUUACCCGCUCUGUUCCCAGUUGCAGAACCCUGCGUGUUGGAGUUUCAUCAUAUCUUAUGGGGUUUCUUUUGAAGUUGCGUUCUGUCAAACAUUUUCAUUUUGGUAAAUGCUAUUUGCGGGGUUAAUUUUAACUGUCACCCCCCCUACUGAGAGUUGUGUAUAGCAGCACACACUGACGGUUACCCUGUGCAGUUUUGGAUGCUGCUUUUCUGUUAUUUCAUUUGAAUUUCUUGGUUUCACCUCGGAGCAACAAUGCCACUAAGCGCAAUGCCCAGGGGUCAGUCCCUAAGCCCCGCUUCCCUGUCGCGCAGCCUGUCCAGGUUGAGGGAAUUUCGGACCCGGACUCGUAUCAUGCUUUCGCUCGGGGUUUCACAGAUGGUUCUUGGGAGUCUUAUCCUGGCUGUCAGUUUCGCCGCGUUGGCUUUAACCACCUCACCCAGGGUCCGGCAUUCUUGCCCGUUCUGGGCUGGAUUCUCGGUUCUACUGUCUGGGCUGAUCGGCGUGGUGUCUUGGAAGAGACCAAUCUCACUGGUAAUCACCUUUUUCAUGCUGCUGUCUGCUGUGUGUGUGAUGUUAAACCUGGCUGGAUCCAUCCUCUCCUGCCAGAAUGCCCAGCUGGUAAACUCACUGGAGAAUUGUGAUUCAGUUCAUCAUAUCACUAACAGUGAUGGGGUGUGUGUAUGCUGUCAGAUACACCAUCAGGCACUGGGCUGCAGCAGCAACCUGGGGGAAACACUGAAGCUGAACUCACUGAAGGAUUGCAACACCGUCAGACUCAGACUCAAGGAAUUGUUGUUCAGUGUCUGUGCCCUGAAUGUCAUCUCCACCAUUGUGUGUGCCCUGGCCACAGCCAUGUGCUGCAUGCAGAUGGUCUCUACUGAUGUCCUGCAGAUGUUUCUUCCACACAGGUCACGCUCUGUGAACCCAGAUUGUAUGUCUCCACAUGGCACUAUUCUACACCAGACUCUGGAUUUCGAUGAGUUUAUACCUCCAAUACCACCUCCUCCAUACUACCCUCCAGAGUACACCUGUACACCAGUCCUAGAGGCGCAGAGAGGUCUUCACCUGGACUUUCCUCACUCCCCCUUCAGCGCCAUCUAUGGAGUGCCUAUCAACAGCCCGGGCGCGAUGUACCCCUCGGAGCUCCCACCUCCCUACGAGGCUGUGGUGGGGCAGACUCCAGCUAGCCAGGUAACUACUUGUCUGGAACAGCAAGCGACUGAGUCCAGCUUGUGUGAGAGGAACACGACGGCAGGUUUCAGCACACAAGCAUCUGUGGACAGCACGUCUCUGAUGGUCUCAGAAAUGGCCGAUAUCCCAGAUCACUGCUGCUCCUCUGAAGACCUGUGUUCCCUGGAGGUGCAGGGCUCCCUCAGAUCUACAGACUUCUCUCCAUACAGCACAAUCCGCACGGUGGCUACAGACGGCAGCUGCACCAGCCUGGAGCACAGCGUCCGCUGCAGCCACCACCAGAGCUCACCUGGGGAGGAGGAGGAGGAGGAGGAGGAGGAUGAGGAUGAGGAUGAGGAGGAGGCGGCAGGCCUCAGCGAGUCCUCCCUCACCCAGGACAGGUCCCCAGACUGGUCCUCCGACAACAACUGCACGCUGGGGAGAGAGUCUAAGGCCUUGCCCGGGGAGGCUGCAGCUGCCUGUUCUCCACCCAAGCAGAAGAAGCUGUGCUUUGCAAUCUAUUCCCAGUCAUCCUCCUGCUCUUCCUCACUGCCUCAGUCAGUAGCCAGCUCGUCACACAGCAGCACUUCAUUCUCAGCCUGCGUGGAGAGAGCGAGACCCCAGCGACACGACAGGAAAUACAGGCUUUCUAAAAUCAUACGCUCGACUAGCGACCCCGUCUCUUGUACAUCCAGCUCUGAAAGUGACAGUUGUGCCGCUGCAUGCACUCAGGUCAAUGAAGAAUCCCUGCAGAUGUCCGCUGAGACAGCUGCUUGUCCAGAACUUUCCGUCGUUGUUGCGCCCUGCCAAGGUGCUGUCAAACACACCCCGUCCUCCACAAGACAGAGGGAUGCCAGCAAAGUGGACAUUCGAUUGAAAACGAGGGCAUUGCAAGCCAUUUCCAAAGAGCGGCCACACUCCUUGGUGGACCUUAAGGCAUACAAAGACACCAAAAUACUGGUGGCAAAAUUUCUCGAACACUCCAGCUGCAAUCUACCUCCUGAAGUCCAGCAUGUGGUCAACAGCAUCAAAUUUGUUAUCAAGACAGAUGAGCGACACAUGGAGGAAGCUAUCUUCAGUGCCAAUGUCAUUGACCAGGUGAUCACCAACUCCCAGCAGAAUGUGAAAAGCCCACGGAAACGGCUCCAGCAGGACCUGCACCUCCAGAGCUGUGGGGACCUGAGCUCCCCCUCCUCCAGCCUGCGGAGGAGCCGUCUGCAGAGACCUGGGGACGAGGACCGGCCACACAGCCUCACCGGGGUGUGCAGGGAAACCAUCCUCUGACACGCCACCCUUCAAACACAUGCCAACUGGGAUUCCACAGUGCAGUCCGUGGAGGGUCGGGGCUCACUGCUGAAGUGAACAAACUCCAUUCUAAUUAGUAUUGUUGUUGUUAUUAUUAUUAUUUUAUUUUUUUAAAGACAAAAAUGAAUGUCUUCUUCAGGGUAAAUUGACAGGUAUUUAAAAUUACAGUAAAUACUGUACAUCCAGGAGACUGCACCAGUUCAACUCAGCUCAGAGGGGAUGUCUUCAAAUCUUCAAAUCUUGGCUCUUGUUUUCUACCGAACUCUGAAUCUGCCUACAAUUGAAACGUCCCCAAUGCGUUAAUCUCUUUCAUUCUCAUACUGCAACUGGAAAGAGCAUGUGUGCUGUGUGGAACAGCAUGAUAUUUUAAAUGCAAAGACAAGGCAUUUAAUGAACAGCGGCUACAACUUAAAGUUGUAUUAUUUAAACUUACCUCAGUGUGUUUCAGUUCUUACCAGUGUUCUAAUAAAAAGUAUGAUUUUUUUCUUCUCUCUG